AAGCUUAACGAGGGAGGGGGGAAGCAGGGCAUAGGGAGGGGGGAAGUUGGGCAGAGGGAGGGGGGAAGCAGGGCGGUGGGAGGGGGGAAGCAGGGAGGAGGGAGGGGGGGAAGCGGGGGAGGAAGGAGGGGGGAAGCAGGGAGGUGGGAGGGGAAAAGGAAGGAGGGAGGGGGGAAGCAGGCGGAGGGAGGGGGAAAGCAGGGUGGAGGGAGGGGGGAAGCAGGGUGGAGGGAGGGGGGAAGCAGGGUGGAGGGAGGGGAGAAACAGGGCAAAGGGAGGGGGGAAGCUUGGCGAAGGGAGGGGGAAGCAGGGCAGAGGGAGGGGGGAAGCAGGGCAGAAGGAGGGGGGAAGCAGGGCGCAGGGGAGGGGGGAAGCCUGGCGGAGGGAGGGGGGAAGGAGGGCAGAGGGAGAGGAGGCGGGUGUAUGGUGGGGGAGAUGGAGGCGGGUAUGUGGGGAGGCAAGGGCGACGGGGAGAAGCGAGGGUGUUAUGGCGACGAGGGAAACGAGGACGUUGAGGAGAAGAGAGAGAGAUGA